UCAGUGGAGAGAUUAUGAAGGAAAUUACAAAGGAGUGCCUAUGACCCUAAAAGAAAGUCUCACUGGUAGAAGAGAUCAACAUGUUAGAAGGCAUGCAGGAAAAAUGCCUGAUAAGACUCAUUGUGGGUUUAUCUUUCCGUUACAACUGCCUGAACUGCAGCUGUCUCAGUCUGAAUGGAAAGUUUAUGAAUGUAAUCAAAUUGAGAAGUCUAUGAAAAAGGGAUUUUCAGUUUCACCAGUUCAAGGAAUUUGUUCCAGUGUCAAAACUCUCAUUUUUAAAAAGGAUGGGAAUGACUUUAUCUAUCCUUCAUUACUCUCACAAGGACAGAGAGCCAACACUUGGGAAAAACCUUACAAAUGUAAUGAAUGUGGCAAGGUUUUCAGUUGUCUUUCACACCUUGUAAGUCAUCAGGUAAUCCAUACUGGAGAAAAACGUUAUAAAUGUCAUGAAUGUGGCAAGGUCUUCAGUUAUCCUUCAAGUCUUAUAAAUCAUCAGAGAGUUCAUACUGGAGAGAAACCUUACAAGUGUAAUGAAUGUGGCAAAGUCUUCACUCAAAAUUCAAAUCUUACCACACAUCAGAGAAUUCAUACUGGAGAGAAACCUUACAAGUGUAAUGAGUGUGGCAAAGCAUUUCGUACAAAUUCAAAACUAACAACCCAUUACAUAAUCCAUACUGGAGAAAAACCUUUCAAAUGUGAUGAAUGUGGCAAGGUCCUCAGUAAUUCUUCAAGCCUUGCAUAUCAUCGGAGAGUUCAUACUGGAGAGAAACCUUAUAAGUGUAAUGAGUGUGGCAAAGUGUUUAGUAUUAGUUCAAAUCUAACUACUCAUCAGGUAGUUCAUACUGGAGAGAAACCUUACAAGUGUAAUGAAUGUGGCAAAGUCUUCACUCAAAAUUCAAAUCUUGCAACGCAUCAGAGAAUUCAUACUGGAGAGAAACCUUACAAGUGUAAUGAGUGUGACAAAGCCUUUCGUACACAUUCAAAGCUAACUACCCAUUGUGUUAUCCAUACUGGAGAAAAACCUUUCAAAUGUGAUGAAUGUGGCAAGGUCCUCAGUAAUUCUUCAAGCCUUGCAAAUCAUCGAAGAGUUCAUACUGGAGAGAAACCUUAUAAGUGUAAUGAGUGUGGUAAAGCCUUUAGUAUUAGUUCAAAUCUAACUACUCAUCAGGCAAUUCAUACUGGAGAGAAACCUUACAAGUGUAAUGAAUGUGGCAAAGUCUUCACUCGAAAUUCACAUCUUGCAAAACAUUGGAGAAUUCAUACUGGAGAGAAACCUUACAAGUGUAAUGAGUGUGGCAAGGCCUUUCCUCAAAAUUCAAAUCUUACCACACAUCAGAGAAUUCAUACUGGAGAGAAACCUUACAAGUGUAAUGAAUGUGGCAAGGCCUUUCGUACAGAUUCAAAGCUAACUAUCCAUCGGGUAAUCCAUACUGGAGAAAAACCUUACAAAUGUGAUGAAUGUGGCAAGGUCUUUACUCAAAGUGCCAACCUUGCAAUUCACCGUAGAAUUCAUACUGGAGAAAAACCUUACAAGUGUAGUGAGUGUGGCAAAGCUUUUGGUGUGCGUUCAAGCCUAACUGCCCAUCAGGCAACCCAUACUGGAGUGAAACCAUAUACAUGUCACGAGUGUGGCAAAUCCUUUCUUCAGCGUUCAAGCCUUGCUACCCAUCAAGUAAUCCAUACUGAACAGAAGCCUUACAAAUGUCAAGAAUGUGGCAAGGUCUUUAGUUGCAAUUCACACUUGAGGCAACAUCGGAAAAUUCAUGCUUGAGAGAAAUCUGACAAGUGGAAUGACUGUGACAAACUCCUCAUCAUGGGGUCAAGCAUUAAUCUGCAUCAGAGUGUCCAUAGUAAGGAGAAAUAUAACUGUAGUGUAUGUGGCAGAGGUUUUUUUCAGGACUCCAUACUCACUAGCAUCAAAAUAUACAUCUUUGAUUUAACCACACAAACAUUAUUUGCAUGCUAUGACUUUUGUACAAAGAUCAAAACUUGAAUACCAGAAAAUUUUUACUGGACAAGAACCUCACAAAUGGAAUGAAUGCAGUAAGGCUUUUAUCAAACACACCAGUUUCUGGAGUCAUGAGAGGAUUUAUAUUGCAGCGAAUCCAGACAAAUGUAGUGAAUGUGGAAAGACCUUUAAUCAAAUGUAUGUCAUCAGGAUUCCCCCCAAAAUUUGUUCUUGAAAGAACCCUUAUAAGUGGAAUGAUAUCAGUUCUAUAAACCAAUUCUCACAACAUAUUCCAUAUCAGAGAUUUCAUACAAGGAAUAAUUGAGUUAGAGUUACAUGCUGGAGAAUAAUUACAUGGCAAAUAAUGUUUAAGCUCAUGAUAUAGCAGAUUGCAAGGACGUUUGGAAAUGGCCAAUUAUCUUCAGGUUAUAAAAUGUUUUCAACUGUAUGGAGUUUCUUCAGAAGGCUAUUUUACCAUUUACUCGUAUGUCUUUUACUGUGAACUUUGAAAUCUAUUGUUAUUAUGCAUCUUUAUUGUGCAUCUUUUUAUGGUGGAGUCCAGGUAAGAAUCAAUAGGAGUAAAGGGACUUCUUCAUUAGAUGAGGAUCAUUUGUAUUCAUAUUCCUGGUAUAAUAAGGACACUGCCUUAUAAAAUUAAAUAUUGUCUGAAUUAGCAUUUGUGAAAGGCUGAGAGUAAUGUAAAGUCAUGCUUAUUGCAUUUAGGGCACUUUUGACAUGGAAG